ACGACACAUUGCAAUUAUUCGAAUUAGUGAAGCUAUUAACGCAUGUGGGAAGUCUCGUGUUUUAAAACUCAGUUUAUACAUUUUAUCUCGUUAAUUUUGGUCAGAAAAUAACAUAUCUAUUUUUUUCGAAAUUUUGUUAAUUCAAUUACAAAUUUGUCAGCAUUAAAUGAAAUUGAAGGAUUACAUAUUUGUCAUAGUACUGUGGCUUUUAAUAUGUACUCAUGCAUUUACCAGUAAACCGCCGAGUGUCAAAUUGAAAAUUGAUGAAGAAUCACCUUUACACACAACUCUUGGAAAUAUCUCCUCCUUUUUAUUUUCAAAAUCAAAAAUCACAUCAGACUCGUUAUUUUUUACUGUAACACAAAAUGGAUUAAUCCAAUUGACAAGAAGGCUUGAUUUGGAAUCCUUAUGCCUUGAACAAUCAUUAUGCUGUGAACGUAGUAAACCAUGUGAAUUAACUUCCAGUGUAGUUAUUGAAGGCAGCAAUUCUGAAGAACUUGAACUAGUUGAAUUGCAUGUAUUGGUGCAAGAUAUAAACGAUCAUGCACCACAAUUUACUACCGGUGCAAGCCAAACUGCAAAGAUUUCCGAAUCAGCUGAAGUUGGUUCUGCCUUGAAUCUUAUACCAGCUGCAGAUGCAGAUCUCUCUCCUGAAAAUCAAAUACAAAGGUAUGCAAUUCAUGGGGCCGAACUGCAACAGAAUUUUGAUUUAGACACAUCUGACUUACCAAAUGUCCGUUUACGUUUAUCUCAACCACUUGACUAUGAGACAACUACAAAUUAUAGUGGUAUUAUUGAAGCUUGUGACCGACGCCAGUGUGCUCAACAAAAUUUAACGAUACUUGUGAUUGAUGCCAAUGAUAACAAACCAAUGUUCGUUCAACAUUCAUAUGAAGUGACAAUUCCAGAAAAUUUCAGUGUUGGCCAGACAGUCUUAGUGCUUGAUGCAAUUGAUAAAGAUUCUGAAAUGAAUGCUAGAAUGGAUUUUCGGAUACAAGGGGAUGUUGACAUGAAUUUGAAGAAAACUUUUCGACUAGACAGUCACUCGGGUCAUCUGAUACUUCAAUCCCGUUUGGCUGCACACCAGCGAUCUGAAUAUCGUUUCACAGUGACAGUUAGCGAAGUUCCAAGCAAUCAGAUUCAGUCAGUUGACGCGUUAUCUUCAAGAAUACCUGUCACUUCUACAGAUUCAGCCAGUGUUGUAGUCACUGUUCAGGAUUUAAAUGAUUUUAGUCCUUCUAUACGAAUGAUUUCACCGAUAGAAGGUCAGCCAUUGUCCGUUAGUGAAAAUUCUGCCCAUCUACGUGUUUGUGUACUACAGGUUACUGAUAAUGAUUUGAAUGAAAAUGGUCGAGUUCACUGUCGUCUCGUAUCUAAUACACUAGAAGCGACUGGUUCUGAUGCUUCCACUAAUUCCAGUAGUACAGACUCAUUUGAACUUACACAAACUGGUAAUCAUUAUACUCUACUAACUUCACGACCGUUCGAUGCUGAAUUAGAACCACAGAUAACAGUUACAAUUGCAUGUGCAGACUAUGGCGUACCUCAACGUUCGACUAGUCGUGAUCUUGUAAUACAUGUUGAAGAUGUAAAUGAAUACCCACCUGAGUUAGAAAAAAUUAACUAUCACGCUAGUAUAAUGGAGAAUGCCAAAGCUGGAAUAGAAGUUGUACAAGUUAUCGCACAUGACCGAGAUCAGGCGGCUAAACUGACGUACGAAUUGAGCAGCGAAGGGAAACAGUACUUCAGUAUUGAUCCCAGCACUGGUGUGAUAACAACAUUGGGUGGUGAAGAACAAAAUGGAAAUCACGUUGUUCACAGUUCUAGUUUACUUGACCGUGAGAAGACAGAGAAAAUCACCUUCUCAGUAUGUGUUACCGACGGUUUGCUUACAAGUGGUUGUGGUCUUAUUAAUUCACGUCAUCAUUCAUUGAACAGUAAAGAACAAAGCGAGACACAGUUACAACAGACGGACGCAUCUGGUAGUUCUGCUCAUCCCGCGUUCACAGCUUCUGCUACUGUUUUGGUCACAGUUUUGGAUGCCAACGACAAUCAACCUCAGUUUAUUGCGAAAGGUCCUUUCUCGAUCUUGGAAAAUCAACCACGUUUCACUCAAGUCACUGGUCGUCUUACAGCGGUCGACGCAGAUGAUGGUGAAAAUGGGCAUGUUCGAUACAGCCUUCGCCGUAUACUGAUCAGUGCAACCGGUAUGCCGUCACCAGAUAUAUUUGAAGUUGAUUCUGAAGGUCGGAUCAGGUCAAUGGAAAUCUUGGAUCGUGAGCAUACAAGUGCAUACACAUUGGAAGUUGUCGCCUGUGAUUCUGCACCGCUUAAUCCGCUAUGUACAGAAUUGAAUGUUACUGUCACGGUUUUGGAUGAGAACGAUAAUAAACCAGAAUGGCAUUAUCCUCAUGCCCGUGAUAAAGAGGUCAACAUCACUUCUGAUUUACCCCCAGGGCGUGUAGUAGCUCGUAUACUGGCUAUGGAUCCAGAUGCUGGAGAGAAUGGACGAGUUGUUUACUCACUAAUUGAUCCACACAGACGGACUGUAUUUCAGAUUGAUAAUGUUACUGGAGAAAUAUCUGUGGUGAAUGAUCAUAUGAAUGAAGCAAUGUCGAACGGAGAGGCUAGUUACGCACCAGACGAUACAAUCCAGCCUACUCCACUACUUCCUGGUGUUUAUAGACUACGUCUACGUGCCUCAGAUAUGGGACAUCCAGAACAAGCUACGGAAACAUGGCUUCAGGUCAAUGUUUUUGGCUCAGAUUCAAUCACAAAUGCCGGUUUGAACUUCAUGAUUAUUAUAGUUAUGAUAGCGAUAACGGGGCUAAUUUCAGUUUCACUUGUAGUCGCUAUAAUUUGUGUUCGUCGACGGUCUUCUUUACGGUGGAGUCGGCCUCAAACUCACGCAGAUUCUAAUGGUUUUCGAAGAGGUAGAAGUGCCGGUGAUGGAGCUGAAGGGUCAAUGUUCCCACUCAAACACGAAUACAGUCACGCGUUAGAUGGCACUGGCUAUAUGAUGAGUAUCAGUCCAACCCCCUCCGACUUGGACGCUUUAAAGUUAGGUUAUCAACCCAAUGGAGGUACAUAUCUAGACAGUUUGCACCCGGGGUCUGAUAUGCAUCCGUAUGGUUGGAACAACCCUAACUCCCCACCUGCAGUUUACUAUCCGGCUCAUUCAGGAUCUGGGAAUAUAAAUAAUAGCAUAAGUCAUUCCUUCUGCUCUUUGCCUAUGGAUCAAAACUUGUCGAAUCCAAUGAAUACACUGCAUAUGCCCGUAUAUGCACCAGUGAAUCGAAUGACCCCUACUUUCAUUCCAGAAGCAGGCACCUUCAUACGUCAUCCGGCAUACAGUGGACAGUCACAUCUGAUGGGAACAUCUUCAUGUCUAAAUUUCUCUCCCUGUUCACCUACUGGGGUCGAUCAGAUGAGCACACAGACAAGUGCCUUAUCAAGUUUCAAUGAGGUACCAAACGACUCGACAUUAACAGCAACACCGGCAGCAGCUGGACAAACACUAGAUGCACUUCGGGAGACAGAACUGUGCAAUUCCAGAAGUAACUGUGGAUGUGAGCAUAAUUCUCUUUCACCUCCUAGGCAACCAUAUGCGCCUCUAUUAAUUGGUACCAGCAACGGUAUGGGAUGUUGUUAUACAACCUCUAACCGUCGACUUCCAAACGGAAAUAUACACUGUGAGCUUGAUGUUGAAUCAGCUGACUCUGGUCGUGGAGCUAGUGAAGACGAUCCCAGUCAGUUAGGCGGUCAAUUCAUUCAUUUCUAUCCUGCAUGUAAUGUGUCUAGCGUUCCACAACAAUCACUCGCUCAAGUUGUUGAUUCGUCAUCUGUCAAUAUGAAUGGAGGAACUAGUUCAAAUUGUAUACAGAGUCUUAAACUGCAAAACGAUUCGUCAAACGAUGCAUCCGGUGUUGUCAUUUUAACAGGUGGAGUCAACGGUAACAGUAGCAAUGAACAGGCAGAUUCAAGUUGGAAUGCCACUGCUGCUGUUCGGCGUUUGAAACUGUAGAUAUGCGAAUUAAAGUGUCUACGGGUAAACACGAUUAUAUAUAUAUAUAUAUAUAUAU